AUGGAGGAAUCCCUCAACAGCACCGUUGAUCCGGCUUGUUUACAAGAGCCUCCACUGGCUAUGGAUGUGAUAAGGCAACUCGAUGAGUUUGAAAUUUGCCUCUACUCCAUGCUCACGUUCAUGUCCUGUGUGUCCCUGGUGCUGUACUUGGAGCUGUGUGUCUACAUUUAUAAAAAAUUGCCGUGUCCCAAGAAGACAACCAUCAUUUGGAUAAGUGGUGCAGCACCAGUAAUCGCCACCAUGUCUUGCUUUGGAAUGUGGAUUCCUCGAGCCGUCAUGAUCACAGACAUGACAUCUAACUGUUACUUUGCAGUUGUGGUGUACAAGGUCUUGGUUCUGAUGAUCGAGGAGUUAGGAGGCAGCAACGUUUUUCUGGACCGUUUUUCCGGAACAAACUUUAGGAUCAACACAGGACCCUGCUGCUGCUGCUGCCCCUGUUUACCUCGCGUGCCCAUGUCACGACGAAUGUUGUUCCUGCUGAAGCUGGGCUCUCUGCAGUAUGCAAUCCUAAAAACAGCACUGUCUGUCCUUGCUGUUAUACUGUGGACAAACGGCAACUUUGAUCUUUCUGAUCUGGAGAUAACUGGAGCAGCCAUUUGGCUUAACCCAUUCAUUGGUGUUCUCACCAUCACCUCCCUUUGGCCUGUCGCCAUCAUUUUCAUGAACAUCAACAGCUUUCUACGCAGCCUUCGUAUUAUACCCAAGUAUGCCAUGUACCAACUAAUACUUGUAUUGAGUCAGCUGCAGACAUCAAUCAUAAACAUCCUGGCUUUAGAUGGAACCAUCGCCUGCGCUCCUCCAUUUUCCUCUCAAGCUCGAGGAUCCAUGUUAAGUCAGCAGAUGAUGAUUAUGGAGAUGUUCAUCAUCAGUCUGGUCACUUGGCUUUUGUACCAUCGCACAUAUGAUCCACUUCCUUCUGAGGCACAUGACAAUGAGCAGAACAACACGGCUGCCCUGCAGGCUGCUCUCGUGGAGCAUGAUGUCUAAAAAAGACAGCGCAUCAAAGCUGUUCUGUCACAGAUGUUUAAUGUUAUGUAAGUUAGGAGAUCAUCAAAUAAUCAAACUUUAGUUUUUACCUCAUUCAGCCAUUCAAGUGUGGAGGCGAAUGUUUACAUGUCAUUAAUAUUUUUUCUGUUGAGGAGUAGAGACAGA